UUUCCAACAGGUGAGAAUAGUGUGGCUCCGAUUGCGCACUGAAGUCACAGCAGCUGAUGUGUCGCUGGACAGGGGUCUAUCCGAGGGACCCAAAACCUUUUUUUUCCCUUCGGUUUCUGCUCUGCUGGUGAGAAGCCGCACUCCGAACUCAUGAAAUCCGAAUCGCAUGGAGUUGGACCGAGAUUCCUGGGGUUUGGCUCCCCUGGUAACCCCAGGGCGCGCAGCCGAGUGCAGUUUCAUCACGUGGAGCCGAGGCACACCGUCUCCCCGAGGACACUCCCAGGUGCCUCGUUCACAGCCCAGACCUGCUACUCAACGAAACCAAAAAGCAAACGCCAGCAAGCGCACGCCGCAGCUAGCCCCCCUCCCCCCGGGUGGCAGGCCUGAGGGAGGGGCUCGCGUCUCCUGCCCUGCGGCUCAGGUGUGGCGCUGCGGCAGGAAGCCACCCCCUCCGGUGGGCCGGGGCGCGGGGUUGUUGCGCCAUCGGCUGGGCUUUCGUAACUGCACCCUGGGACCGCCAAGAGACGCUCCAGCGCGAGUUCCUCAAAUGUUUUCCAGCGUUGCCAGCACUCGUCGGCGGUUCUGAGUCAUGUGCAAGUGGGAAGUCGCGCUGACACCGAGCUCGGCCGCGGGGAGCCGCGCCGAGCGCCGCGCCGGGCCAAAGGACUCGCGCUGUGCACCUCGCGCCCGCCUGCGGGGCAUGGGAGCUGCCUUCGGGACUCGAGCCCACCCUGCCGUGGCCGCUCUGUUUCCGCCCGCCUCUCUGCGAAUGGGGGUCACCCUCCGAGGAGGAAGCAAGCUGGCAGUUCGUUGCGCAUUGCUGGCCGCCCUGCUGGCCGCGGGGGCCGCGUCGCUGAUCCCGGGGGCCUGCCUCACGCUGGAAAUGGGGAGCCACGUGGUGAGCAGCCAGCCUGGGGUCAGCGUCAACUUGAGCUGCCCAGCUGUGGACCCGGCAGCCAACAUCACGGUGCAGUGGGUGCUCCGCAGUGCGGCAGAGAACACAGUGCUUCGCCAGUGGGCUGGCAUGGGCGGGAGACUGCUGUUGAAGUCAGUGCAGCUCCAAGACUCAGGAAACUACUCAUGCUACCUGGAUGACCGCUCCGCCGGGUCUGUCUACUUGCUGGUGGAUGUUCCCCCGGAGAAGCCCCAGGUCUCCUGCUUCCGGAGGAGCUUCGACAAGCCCGUGACUUGUGAGUGGCAUCCACAGAGGCCGCCGUCCCCGACAACUAGGGCCAUGCUGGAGGUGAAAAAGUACCUGAACAGCCAGGUCACAGACCUCCAGGAGCCGUGCCCGUAUUCUCAGGAAUCACAGAAGUUCUUGUGCCAGUUGGUCCUCCCCUCCACAGACAAAUCUUCCCUCUUCGUGUCGCUGUGUGUGGCCAACAGCAUCAGCAGCACGUCCAGCCUGGUGGUGAACUUCGACAGCUACAAGAUCCUGCAGCCCGACCCACCUACCAACAUCACCGUCAAAGCUGUGUCAGAAAAGCCACACUGGCUCAGCAUCUCCUGGCAGGACCCCGCCUCUUGGAACUCAAACUUCUACAGGCUGCGGUUCCAGAUCCGGUACCGGGCUGAGCGGUCCCAGGCAUUCACAGAAUGGAUCGUGGAGAGUGGCAGCCACCCUGCCUCCAGCUCUGAUGUCCUGGGCCUGCAGUAUCAAAGCUUCAUCUAUGAUGCCUGGAAGGGCAUGAGCCAUGUCGUGCAGCUCCGGGCCCAGGAGGAGUUUGAGCAUGGCUCCUGGAGUGUGUGGAGCGAGGAGGUUCGGGGCACCCCAUGGACAGAACCCAGGAGCACCCCAGCUAUGUCCCCCUCCCCGGAGGCCUCCUCUGCUGCUGAUGACACCACUGAACUCACCGGAGAGCCUGAAAGCACCACCCACCUCCCAGGUGAUGAUUCCUCACCCAUCCCACUGUCCACCUUCCUGGUGGCUGGAGGAAGCCUGGCCUUUGGAAUUCUGCUUGGCACUGGCCUUGUUCUGAGGUUCAGGAAGGCUUGGAAGCUGCGUGCGCUGAAGGAAGGCAAGACGGCCAUGCACCCUCCAUACGCUCUGGGGCAGCUGGUCCCUGAAAGGCCCAGGCCCAUUGCCGUGCUGGUACCCCUCAUCUCCCCGCCCGUGUCCCCCAGCAGCCUCGGCUCUGACAACACCUCGGGCCCCAGCCGCCCGGAUGCCGUGGCCAGCUGCGUCCAGAGCCCUUAUGACAUCAGUAACAAAGACUACUUCUUCCCCAGAUAGCUGUGGGCGGCGCCGGGCACGGCCCCUCCUCCCCUCAGCCAGCUCAUCUUGGGGAUUCCAAUCUUAUAGAUUUGCUGCACUGGUCAGCAAGUGUCUGCUUGCCACAGCUCUUCAGCAGGUGCCAAUGCACUUCAAAUGCCUUCAUGUUCCCAUGCUCCGCUUCACGGUGCGACCAGGGGCUGGAAGGAGCUCACAGACUGCACUGGAGAUCUGCCUGGCUUGGACUGUGGGUGGGCAGGGGCUGCUGGUGGCCCCCAGCUGGCUCCAGACCGGGGGGGGGGUGGGUCUGCAGCGAGGGCCCCACCUCCCUGAACCACACAGCUCCUCGCCAGCUGCUCAGAAUUUGCCUCCAGCUCAGGCGCCAGGAACCCACGUGCCUUCGCUGUAUGAAGACAGCUUUUCCUUCAGCCUCCCCCGCAGGGAGGAGACUGUUUUUUCUUCUGCUCUUUCUCCCCUAUGCUUGAAGAACAGCUGGUGAGGAGUGGGGGUAGGGAGACAGGGAAGAGGGGAGCCACACUCUCUCAGGGCCGGAUGGUUCUAAAGGGAAUGACAAUCAGCUUCUUAGUAGCCUCUUGCUCAAUGUGAAUAGCAGGACUCAGGCGCAGCCUCAUGGGGGUUGAUCUCCCUCCAGUUCUCAGGACUUGCAGGGUUACCAGGGUGCCCUGGAGCAAUGGAGGUGACACUGGCCUCCAACAAGCCUUAUCCUUGGUCUAUGGUCCUCCAUGUCCCCUCCCCCGACAAGGGAAAAUGGUCCAUGUUGGGCUCCAGAGAGGUGCCCCCUCCAGCUUCUAUUAACUCCACUGCCACGGGACCCACUUGGAGGGGAAGGCAGAGUUUGCAGGAGAGGACUAAGGAACCGGGCAAGAAUGUGUUUUCAUAAAGCCUGCUAAUGAUUUUUUCGGGACAGGCUGGGGGAGACCCGGGACUGAAUGAAUGCUCGUGGGCACGGGAUAUGGGGUGGGAGUCAGAAGCAGCUUGGGAGCUCCAAGCCAAGAUCUUGUUUCCUUCUGUCAUCCGAUUUUGUCUUAAAAUGUGAAAAACAGCCGGGUGCUUCUCUCCCGUCAGGGGGAAGGGAGCCGGUGGCAGCUCCUGCAGGUGGCGGCCGCUGGAGGGUGGGGGCCCUGCCGUGACACAGGUGUCCUCCUUCCAGACAAGCGCCCUAGGAAUUCCCCAGCCCAAGGGCCAUUCAAAAGCCCCUUGCUUAGGAGCCUUCCUCUUUGUGUUUGGUUCCUUGGCAGGCAGCUUGGACCAGAGCGGUGACUCCCCACGGGGCUGUCUUUUAUCUGGACUUUGGGAGUACAAGAUGGCAGCAGCUUACUCACUCUGGAGAGCUGUAUUUUACACAGAUCUUGCCACCUUGGGAUCCACAUUUACCAGACUACACAAGCUUUGAAAAACCAAACCAA